GGGGGUAUUUUAUCUACCAACCUCGCCAUUUUCCGUCAAGCUCAACUCCAUCAAGUUAGCUCCUGUCAGUCGUCGUGUUUGUGUGCAGUGUUGUGAAAAAUUAUUUGUACCGAUGAAUAUCAAUGGGAAAUCGUGUUGAUUACGACGCCAAGCUAUGGCUCGAUUAUUGUGUUUGUGGCUUUAAAGCACCGCUCGAUCAGUGAUAAUGGCCGAGUGAUUGGUUAGUGCAGUGUUUUGUGUCGUAUGCUGGGCUGUCGCAGCAACAGUGAGAUCCUUUCUCUGGAUAAAUCGUCUGUACAGCGACGUGGGAUCUUAGUUCGAUAAGACGACGCACCAUGUCGGCGAAAAAUAUCCCUGGAGACAAGAUCAACUUGCGGCUGAUCCUGGUGUCAGGGAAGACGAAGGAGUUCGUGUUUAGUCCUGUCGACUCAGCCGGCGACAUCGCGGUGCACGUCUACGACAAUUGGCCUGAAGCCGACUGGGCGACUGAGUGCGUGUCACGAGCCGAGAUCCUGCGGCUCAUCUACCAGGGCCGGUUCCUGCACAGUUCGGUGACACUUGGCGCGCUAGGGCUGCCGCUCGGCCGCACCACCGUCAUGCACCUUGUACCGCGCGAGCACCUGCCCGAACCCAAUUCACAUGAAGUCCGAUGGUUUUAAUUCAUCCCGAACCCGACAUCCUAUCCUAUAAAUCGUUAAAUUCCUUAUCAACGACAAAAGAGCAAAGGGGGAUCCAGCAGUUGUUGUUCUGCAUCUUGCUGCAUAUUGUAAUGCCCCCACGUGCGGGGCACGGGGUACGCGGGGUCACCGGCGGGGAGGGGGCACGGACUCACAGUGUGUUCAGUGACGUAGAGUCGGGAUUCCAUUUCGCCCUAAACUAAUAUCGUAGUUUUAAAUAAAACCCAUAACACUUGCGAUAUUUUUAAAACGCCUCAAAUUUAGUUAAUUAAGGUCCUAGAUCUGUCAUUUCGCGGGCACGUUCAUUUUUAAGCUUACGUUCGAAUAUGACGCACAAAAUUAAUAUCUUUAAAGUCGGAGCACACAAUGAGCGAUGAUAUUUAAAAAUAUCGCAAGCGAAAAAUCGACUGGAUACAUCCUCUGUGAAUUGGAUACUGGAUAGCUUUGUUAAGCGAAAUGUAAGUUAAAUUAAAAUCCAUUAUGUAAUAGACGGAUUUGAUGCGUUUUUGGAUGUAUGGGAUGGGUUUGGUCGGGAUGAAAGGGGCAUCACCUUAACUUUUACAGCUAUGUUAGAUUAAGAAUGAAGUUCAUUGGAUUUAGACUGGAUAUAAUUUUAACUAUCUCUUUUAAUGAUCUCAUAAAUAAUUUAAUGAAGAAUGCAACAGUCAAGUUGAUUUAAAAACAUUAACAUCUAAUUAAUAUUCAUAAUAUGUAUUUAUACUUAAAUGGAUGGAUAUCAAAGGGUGUUUUCCCAUUUUGCCUAUUGACCUACUGAUUAUAAUUCGAUAUCGAUAUGGAUUCGAUUCCAUCGGCCCAACGGUAAAUAACCAUAUCAAGUUUGAAAAAGUUUUUUUUUGUUUAAGAGGCUACUUUCUGGAAUUUUGACUUUGCAUGUGAUAAUAUUGGUUUGAUUACAGGAUGUUUUUUUUGUAUUUUAGUUAUAAAGCUCACAAAAUCUAACAUGGCUGUAUAUGCUAAGACGGUUGCAUACCAUUUCACAAUUACAAAUUUAUUAGUAUUAUAAUUUAGAUGGACAUGAAUUUACUUUACUGCGGAUUAUAUUUAUAGAAAAAAAAA